AUGUCUAAGGAAGACGAAGUUAAAAUCUCUCAUCGCGCUAAAAAGCGUAUAAAGGAAGUAAAGAAGAAGGCUCGACCAGAACUUGCCUCGACUUAUAUGUGGACUGAAUUAGAAUAUGCUAAAAACUUUGAACCAUACCUUCAAUUUGAAGACAAUUGCCCUCGCAUUCAUGCACCGGAUGUCAAUUGUGAUGAAUUUAUUGAACAAUUUGAAGCACCUUAUAUCCCUUGUGUAAUCACUAACAUACAGGAAGGAUGGAAAGCGCAAUCAAAAUGGUCAAUGGAAAGAUUGGCUAAAAAGUAUCGAAAUCAAAAGUUCAAGUGCGGCGAGGAUAACGAAGGAUAUUCAGUCAAGAUGAAGAUGAAAUAUUAUGUUGAGUACAUGCAGAAGUCCAAUGACGACUCGCCACUUUAUAUAUUUGAUUCGUCUUACGGCGAGCAUCAUAGACGCAAAAAGCUACUCGAUGACUAUAUUAUUCCUAAAUAUUUCCGCGAUGAUCUCUUCAAAUAUGCAGGCGAGAGCCGUAGACCACCUUAUCGCUGGUUUGUUAUGGGACCAGCUCGUUCAGGCACAGGAAUCCAUAUCGAUCCACUCGGUACAAGCGCUUGGAAUGCUUUGAUACGAGGCCAUAAACGUUGGUGCUUAUUUCCAACAAACACACCCAAAGAGCUUUUAAAAGUAACAUCAUCGGUCGGUGGUAAGCAACGCGAUGAGGCAAUCACAUGGUUUAAUAAGAUUUAUCCACGCUGUAAGCAAAUGGAUUGGCCAAAGGAAUAUGCACCGAUUGAGAUCCUUCAGAAACCUGGCGAGACUGUUUUUGUGCCUGGUGGUUGGUGGCAUGUUGUGUUGAAUUUAGACGAUACAAUUGCUGUAACCCAAAACUUUUGCAGUCGAACUAAUUUCCCGGCUGUGUGGCAUAAGACAGUUCGUGGACGACCAAAGUUAAGUAAGAAAUGGCUGAAAAUCUUGAAAGAAGUCGAACCUGAUGUAGCAAAAAUGGCUGAAAAGAUAAAUGUCAAUGAAAGUUCAGGUAUGGCUUCAGAUAGCUCAAGUAACUCGUCGUCAUCAAGUAGCAGCUCUAGUUCAGACCAAGAUUCCGAUUCAAGUUCGGAAAGUGACAGUGGACAAGAAAGCUUGACAGCACACAAGACUAAGAAACGUAGGAAACUUGAUGACUCUCCACGACCGGGACCAUCUUCGAAUAAUUAA